AUGCACCGACGUGUCCUUGUCUCUGGUCUUCCCAGGGUUCUCCCUCCCCUCCCACCCUCGCCUGCUCCUCCCUGUCUUCCUUGUGUCGAGGGGAAGCAGCGCGCCGCUCCUCACUCCUCCUCGUUUCCCUCGACGACUGCUCCCCUGCAGACUCUCCACAUGGACAUGUGGGGCCCAGCCCGCGUCCGUGGACAGGACCGCGAGCGGUACUUUUUGCUUGUCGUAGACGACUACACGCGUUACACCACGGUCUUCCCCUUGCGCACCAAGGGUGAAGUCCCUGAUGUUUUGAUCCCUUGGAUCCGCGCUGCCCGUCUCCAGCUCCGCGAGCGGUUCGAGACGGACUUUCCCAUCCUGCGUCUGCACUCUGACAGAGGUGGGGAGUUUGCCUCGGACUUUCUGCGGGACUUUUGUCGUGGGGAGGGCAUUCGCCAGACGUUCACGCUCCCGGCCUCACCGCAGCAGAAUGGGAUUGCUGAGCGCCGCAUUGGCUUAGUCAUGGAGGUAGCUCGUACCUCCAUGGUCCAUGCGGCUGCCCCCCAUUUUCUGUGGCCGUUUGCGGUCCGAUACGCUGUGCAUCAGCUCAACCUCUGGCCCCGUGUCUCCUUGCCGGAGACCUCGCCCACACUGCGUUGGACGGGGAAGGUUGGCGAUGCGUCAGUGUUUCGGGUCUGGGGUUCUCGUGCCUUUGUCCGCGAUACCACCGCAGACAGGCUCUCCGCCCGUGCUAUUCCCUGCGUCUUCCUUGGCUUUGUCCCUGACGCGCCUGGCUGGCAGUUUUACCACCCCACCUCGCGCCGUGUCCUGCCCUCUCAGGAUGUCACGUUCGACGAGUCGGGUCCCUUUUACCGUCCUCCUCCGGUAAACCCCCUCCCCCCUCAGGGUCCUGCUCCCUCAGGUGUGUCUUAG